UUGGGUGUAUGUAUUUUUAGGUGGGACAGCUAGUUACCUUCUAGGAAUGAGUCCAAUAACGGCAGCUCAGGCUGAAACAGGAAACACCCCUAUAAAUGUUAAGCAACUAUCUAUUGGAUGGAUGAUGACCUUUCUUUUUACCGUUAGCUUUGUUGGUCUAUUCUCAAUAGUGCCCCUACGGAAGGUGAUGAUAUUGAGGUACAAAUUGACAUAUCCAAGUGGGACUGCAACAGCAUACCUUAUCAACAGCUUUCAUACUCCUAAAGGAGCUAGGCUAGCUAAGUAUGUACUCCAUUGGUUCUUCAGUGCUGCUGAUGGUUGUGAAUCUAUCUGGUGUGAAUGGCAUCAUAUUAUUACAAAACUUGACAGUUGUUUUUUUUUUCAUGUCACACACAGGUUCUAUUUUGAUUUCUCAGCUACAUAUGUUGGGGUGGGGAUGAUAUGUCCAUACAUGGUAAAUGUCUCCCUACUUAUUGGGGCCAUAUUAUCAUGGGGUGUUCUGUGGCCUGUGAUCGAGUCCAAGAAAGGCGAUUGGUAUAGCGCAAAACUACCUGCAAGCAGUCUUCACGGAAUCCAAGGAUACAGGGUUUUUCUUGCUAUUGCAAUGAUGCUUGGUGAUGGUCUAUUUCAUGUUGUGUACAUGGUUAUAGUGACAUUAAGGAGCUUUAUGCAACAAAAGUCACAGAAGGAAUUGAUAGAUGAGAGCACAGAAAUAGGAAACUAUGAUGAGAAGAAGCGAAUGGAGUAUUUCUUAAAAGACCAAAUUCCAAAUACAGUAGCUAUAGCUGGUUAUGUUGUGUUGGCAGGGAUAUCUAUUGCUGUAAUCCCACAGAUAUUUCAUCAGCUAAAAUGGUACCAAGUCUUAGUAGCAUAUGCAAUUGCUCCAAUUCUAGCUUUUUGCAAUGCCUAUGGAUGCGGCCUAACGGACUGGUCUUUGGCAUCAAACUAUGGUAAAAUAGCAAUCCUCGUUUUCAGCUCGUGGGUCGGUUUAGAUCAAGGGGGUGUACUUGCUGGACUUGCAUCUUGUGGUGUGAUGAUGAGCAUUGUUUCAACAGCUUCUGAUUUGAUGCAAGACUUCAAGACGGGAUAUUUGACACUGUCAUCGGCUCGUUCCAUGUUUUUCAGCCAAGUCUUUGGUACAGCUAUAGGUUGUGUUUUGUCACCUUUGGUCUUUUGGGUUUUCUUCAAGGCUUACAGUGUGGGAGACCCUGAAGGCUCUUACCCUGCACCUUACGCGUUGAUGUACCGUGGGAUUGCUCUCUUGGGUGUUGAAGGUUUCUCUUCACUCCCCAAGAAUUGCUUGAAACUUGUUAUCAUAUUUUUCUUCGCUUCCGUGGUUAUGAAUCUAGUUACGGAGGUAAUGAAGAAGUAUGAAACCAAGUAUAGAAUAUACAGAUUCAUACCCAGCCCCAUGUGCAUGGCAAUUCCAUUCUAUUUAGGAGCAUAUUUUGCUAUUGACAUGUGCAUUGGAAGUUUGAUUCUGUUCGUAUGGCAGAGGAAGAACAAAAAAAGUGCUAAGGAUUUUGGACCAGCAGUAGCAUCAGGGCUCAUAUGUGGUGAUUCUCUAUGGGGAAUUCCGGCUGCUGUAUUUGCAUUGGCAGGGGUACAAGCUCCAAUCUGCAUGAAGUUUUUAUCAGCCUCAGCAAACAACAAACUGGAUGCUCUUCUAGCUGGCUAAUUCAUCCAUCUCUUUCCUUGACAACUACUAAUAAAUACUUUAUAGAAAUUGGGUGUGUGUGUGUGUGUGUGUAUAUAUAUAUAUAUAUAUAUACUACAUGUAUCACGUGCACCUUUAUGUAUCAUGAGAAAUAAUUGAAGAUUCAAUAUUAUUCGAUUUGAACGUGCAGCGUCAAUUACAACAAGAUUCGGACAAAAAGACAAGGCAACGAAUAUUUGCAAUCCCAAAUCUUCAAAGGGCGAGACCUUACUUGGUGGAAGGUCAUAAUAUAAGUAAAUUUACUAAGAGCAAGAUUGAAAAAUUACGAAUAUAACCCCAAUAUUGAUUUUGAUUUUAUUCAUUCAAGUUAGACCUAAUCACUACUAUUGCAAGACAAGAGAGAGAGAGAGAGAGAGAGAGAGAGAGAGAGAGAGAGAGAGAGAGAGAGAGAGAGAGAGAGAGAGAUUGAAAAACGAGAGGGGGAAUGCUCUAGCAGGAGAAGAGAAGAACACAAGGCGAGAAGAACUGCCGCCGAAGGGCCACAGUGCGCCGCCUCCGAUGAAGUGCACCACAACCGCUUGACUGCCGUCACCAUACCAAUGUCACUCAACAUUCGUGAAACCGCGAGUGCUUGAAG